AGCGGGCGGCGGGCGGCGCGCGGGGCAGUUGUCAGCGGCGGCGGCGUCGCGGCGGGAGGCGGCCGGGCCAGGUGGGCGAGCCCUCACCCCACUGCCGCCGGGACGCCAUGGCGGCGGCGCUGGGCCGCAAGGCCGUGGACUAUGUGCGCAGCAAAGAGUUCAGGGACUACCUGAUGAGUACGCACUUUUGGGGGCCAGUUGCCAACUGGGGUCUUCCUGUCGCUGCUAUUAAUGACAUGAAGAAAUCGCCAGAAAUUAUUAGUGGCAGAAUGACAUUUGCACUGUGUUGUUAUUCCUUGGCUUUCAUGAGAUUUGCUUACAAAGUGCAGCCAAGAAACUGGCUUCUUUUUGCAUGCCAUUUCACUAAUGAAGUUGCACAACUUGUUCAAGGAGGACGACUGAUCAAAUACAGGAUGGAGAAAAAGAACUAAAUAUAUUACUUGAAAUAAGCCAGGGAAUGUAUUGAUCGUGAAUGACAACCAAGGAAGACAUGCCAUCUACAGUUGCUGUGACAAUUACAGUGGGGAUGAAACAGAAACACCUAUUAUGAAUAUGACCCUACCAAGAAUUCUUCUAAUAAUUUUUUUAUCUUGCCUUUUUAAAAGUACUAUUCAGCAAUGUAAACCAUUACAUUUAAAGUCUUGCUGCCUUACUGAUCUUUAAUAACUACCCUUCUAAUAAGACAUUAGCCACCCAAAUAGCAAGCAAUAUUUGAAAAUCAACUUUAUCUAAGGGUCUACAAAGUGGCCUGUGAUAAUUUGACAAAACUCAUUUUAAAAUCAACAUGAACAGAGGUCAGUAAACAGAACUGUAGGUGGUAUCAUUAUGUAUUAACAUAAUCUUAAAAGCCAUUUAACUUGAGUGCAUUCAUUCCUAUUCUCUUUUUUUUUUUAACUUAAGCAGUGGCUUGCUGAUCUACAAGAACAAAUGUGUAGAUAGGCAGCCUGGAAGUGAGCAGCCAUCCCUCUUCCCUCACUGCAUGCCUUUUCUCAGUAAAGAGACUUCAUUAACAACCAUUUUUAUGUCACACGCUAUUUAAAGAAGGCUUGGAAAAACAAAAGCAUAGCACUGAAUGAAGGAAGGCAACAAAGCCUGAUUCUGUUCUUUAAGGAAUUCUAAGUGAAUUUUAUUUUUUCCUACUGUUUUAGUUAUUCUAGAUGUAAGUAAUUCUUACACAGGCAAAAACUAAACUUGUUUGGAGUCUAUGAUCUGAAGGACGUAAAGUGCCUUUCAGUAGUUUUUGACUUCAUUGUGAGAAUGGUUUUCCUGCAUGAUCUGCCUGAAAGUCACAUUGCUGUAAAGGUAAAAUUGACAAAGAAUGUGAGAAUAUAUGUUACAGGUUUUUUUUUCAGUGCGGUGUUUUUGAACAAUAAACAUAUUACAAAUGGCAAUAAAACUCUUGAACACUUGGGAAAGUUUUGUUUUUCAUACUGUGAUAACAGACCCAAAAGUGUAAUUUUAUUAUUGAGUGUUGCUCAUGCAAUAGCAUGAAGCAAAAAUAGGCUCAAAAUUAAACAGUAUGUACUGAA